UCCCAACCAUUUAUCCAUUGCUUGAAAGGAGCUUCCAUGGCUACUGUGAGCUUCAAUCCGACGAGUAUCAAAACCCAAUCAAUCCAAUCUCAAAAACCCGGCUCCAGAUUCUUGUUCCGUGCGAAACCAUCAAAAAUCCCAUUUACGUUCUCUACAAAACCUUACAAAACAGCUUCAAAAUUGCUCCAUUUUCGCUUACAGUCGGUGUCUGAAAGCUCUGUCUCAGUGCAAAAGGAAGAGGAAAUUGAUGAAGUUGAAGACGACCCAACUGCAGAAAUGAGUUAUUUUGAUCCAGAAACCGAUCCGAGUAGCCUUGUGGAAUGGGAGCUGGAUUUCUGUUCCAGGCCAAUACUUGAUAUCAGAGGGAAGAAGGUUUGGGAGCUUGUUGUGUGUGAUAAUUCAUUGUCACUUCAAUAUACAAAGUACUUUCCUAAUAAUGUUAUCAACAGUGUUACUCUGAAGGAUGCUAUUUUGUCUAUUAGUGAUGAUCUUGGAAUACCCAUGCCGGAGAAAAUCCGGUUUUUCAGGUUACAGAUGCAGACAAUUAUAAAUAAAGCUUGUAAUGAGCUCGGUAUCAAGCCUAUUCCUAGUAAACGGUGUUUAUCGCUACUACUAUGGUUGGAAGAACGAUAUGAGACUGUCUAUACCCGUCAUCCUGGUUUUCAAAAGGGAUCUAAACCACUUCUGGCAUUAGAUAACCCUUUCCCGAUGAAUCUUCCAGAUAAUUUGUUUGGGGAGAAAUGGGCCUUUGUCCAAUUACCUUUUUCAGCUGUUCGAGAGGAAACCUCAUCAUUAGAGAAAAGCUCUAUGUUUGGUGCCGGUCUAGAUUUGGAUUUAUUGGGAAUUGAAGCUGAUGACAAGAUGCUGAUUCCUGGACUCGCUGUUGCAUCUUCGCGUGCAUUGCCACUAGCAGCUUGGAUGAACGGACUAGAAGUAUGUUCAAUUGAAGCGGACACUUCUCGUGGUUGCUUGAUUCUCUCUGUUGGAAUCUCUACUCGCUAUGUCUACGCUACCUACGACAAAACACCCGUGACAACAAGUGAGGCUGAAGCUUGGGAAGCAGCAAAGAAGGCUUCUGGAGGAUUACAUUUCCUUGCCAUACAAGAAGACUUAGAUUCGGAGGACUGUGUCGGGUUUUGGCUUUUACUGGAUUUGCCUCCUCCACCUGUAUGAUUGACACAAAAAAUCACUUGUAAAAAAUUCUCACACACUUCGUUUCAAUUCUAUACUUUUAGUAACAAGUUAACAAUUUUCUAGCUGGCCGUGAGUCUUGUGAACUACAAAUAUUGGCAAACUUGGUUACUGACA